UCUCCCAUUAUUUACACGCCAUCUUUUUGGUACGUUUCAUCCUAAUUUACAACUGAAAGUACACCCAUGUUUUAUGCUUUAUAAACUAUUUUAAAUAUGGACGACACUAAGGAAGAAGGAGAACUUUCAGAUGAUGAUGAAGUCGAUUCCCACCCUCAGAACAAUACCGAAAACACGAAAUCUUACAGAAAUCAGUAUGAUGACCAGGCAAAAUUUCACCAACAACCAGAACAUUACAGACGUCCAGUGCGCGAUACCAGGUCCGAAAAUAUGCGUCGUACAACUCACAUAAAUCCUCAUUAUUGUAACGAUUACUCAACUCGUAGUGGGCCCCCUCCCCGACCACUUCGAUAUGACAGAAUAAGAGUAAGCCCACAGGAGCACCCAGUUCAUAUGUCAGACAGAGACAGAAGAGAUUUCAAGCAUUACAGAGAAAGAGUUAAACAAUCCUCUGAACAGAAUGUUACCAAUACUGGAAAUAAAACUCAAAUUAUUGAUUAUCAACAUCGAAGUGCACCAAACACGUCUCCUGGAUUUUGGGCAAAAAGGAAACUCAGAAAUGCCAAGAUAGACAAAAAUAGUAAGGAAUAUAAAGAGACAGUAGACAAAUAUAAAUCAGAACUUCAAGGUGUUGAAGACAGGAUAAAAAUGCUAGAACACAAAGACAAGAUAAAUCAAGAGAAACAAGGGUCUUUAAGAACGACUGAAAUUAUGAAUAAUGUCGAGAAUGAAAAUUCAUCUGAUUCUAAUGAAAAUACAAACAGGAAUAAUAAUAGUGAAAACUUGACUGAGGUAUCUGAAUUGGAAGGUGAAACCAAAAAUCCUAAUUCGCUUGAAUCAGGGAAAGUUAGAAAUGAAGAAAGUAUAGAAAUUUUGAACACAACAGAGGAAAAAGUUGGUGAUGGUGAUAGUGAUGAGGAUAAAGAUGUCAUGAUCAUUGAACCUCCACCACCAGAGGUCAUUGUAUUAGAUGAUGAUGAUGUCACUGAAGGUCAAGGUCAAGAUGAUGUCACUGAAGGUCAAGAUGAUGUCACCGAAGAUCAAGGUCAAGAAAAUGUUACUGAAGGUCAAGGUCAAGAAAAUGUUACUGAAGGUCAAGGUCAAGAUGAUGUCACUGAAGGUCAAGAUCAUGAUGAUGUCACUGAAGAUCAAGGUCAAGAUAAUGUCUCUUUAGAACAGGUUGCAGAAGAUGCAGAUUCAGAGCAAAAAGUUGUGGCAGAUGAUGAGAACCAAACAGAGGAUGAAGAAGAUCUAGACGAGUUAGAGUUGAGAAGAAUUGCUUUAGCAUCAUCACUUUCACAGACAGAAAAGUUACAAGUACAAAAUGAAGAAGCGAAAAGACAAAAAUCUAAAUCUAAAUCUCCUAAGAAAAGACCAGAAAAUAAAAGAGUCGCUGCACAGAGACCUGCAAGAGCACGAAAUCAGUCCCAGAGGGUCAUCAAUCAAAUAUCACGUAGGCGUUCUGAUGAGAGACGAAAGAAAAAAGAUAAUGAAGAAGUUGAUAGAAGAAGAUAUGGUGACGACAGAAAAGAUCAUCAGAAACGAAAUCGUGAAAUCCAGAAAAUUCUGACUAUAGACGAUCCUAAGGAACAAGUUAGACGUUUCUUGUUGAUGUUGGGUGAUCAGAAAGCAUUAGAUAGUAUUGACUUGGCUGGAUACAGAAGGGAGUCUACUAAGAGAAAAAGAGUUGAUAGCAGUGAAGGACAUUUUGUACCUCCUGUCUUACAAGAUAAUUAUGAACCAGUUGAAAUGGAUAUAGACAGUAACCCAGGCUCUCCAUUAGAUAUUGGUCAAGGAAUGGAAGAUUUACAAAUGGACCAAGAAUUUUUCAAUUUUCCACAGCAGUCUCUAAUGAUGCCAGGAUAUUAUCAAGACUUUAUACCAGAUCCCUCCUUUCAAGCAUAUGGAUGGAUGGACCACAACAGACAGAUUCCAUUCCUGGAGACCAUGCCUCUGAUGCCUGUGGAACCACAACCACCCCCACUGCCGCCACCAUUACCAUCAGACUGGCCCCCACCCCCACCCCCACCAGAGGAACCUCCACCACUGCCACAAGAAGAUUUCCCACCGCUGCCACCAGAGCCUUAUUUACUACUACCUCCACCCCCACCACCAGGGCUUCCAAUCCCCCCACCCCCACCGGAGGAAGAAGAUGAAGUGGAGGAUGACGAGGAGGCACUGUUACGGGCCAAGCUAUUACAGUCCUUGGCAAACAGGAAAAUAAUGAUGGUUAAAGCAAUGAAUGAAGAUUCAUUAGGUGCAACUUCAGGAAGGUCUUCUCCAUCAACACCAUGUGUCCAAUCACCAAGUUCUCGAGUUCAGUCACCAAGCUCUCGAAUCCAGUCACCUAGUCCAAGAGUACAGUCACCUAGCCCAAGAGUACAGUCACCCCUUCCAAGUGAUGCUGUCAAACCAAGAACAGUUGAGAUAACAAGGAUAAAGGUACCAAUACAUAAACCCAUCAUUAUCAACCCUAAUGAAGAUACCACAAGUGAAGAGGAUGAAGAUGAGGAGGAGGAGGAAGAACAGGAGGCUUAUGAACCAGGACAAGACCCGUAUGAAGCAUCGUUUGUAGGUCUAGGUCAGAAGACAGAUGGUUCUCCUGUGCAGCCUCAACAAAAACCACAAUUUCAGGCCAGUGAUUUUAUUGGAGGGUUAGAUUCAUUUCUAAAGGAAGCAAGAAGAAACUCUGAGCUUCAGGAGUUAGAUAAUAGAAGGCCGGUAGAUCCAAAUUCAGUUACUGAAGAAAUUCAGAAAAAGAUAAUUCCAAAGCCAGGCGCCAGACAAAUUCAGAAAAAGAUAAUUCCAAAACCUGUGGGCAAAGAAAUUCAGAAAAAAGUUGAUCCAAAGGCCACCAAGAAACUGAGUCCAAAACCAGUCAGUAGAGACUUACAAUUUGUUGAUCCUAUGCAAUCUGAGAAAACCAUCAUUAAACAGUUUGAAGAUGAUAUUGUCAAACAGAGAUCUGAAAUCAUUAAAGAGCAAGGCCAAUUUAAAGUGUUGCUGGGUAAUACAGCUAAAUUCCAGAAACAUAUGAAACAGUCCCAAGAUAAAGUAGAUAUGUUGAAGGAACAAUUAUCUAAAGCUGAUAACUUGCUGACUUUCUUUAAAGAACAUUUUGAAAAGAAUCGAAAGCAGGCAAGACAGUUUAAAGAACAGGUUCAGAAAAAGAUGACAAUUUUCAAAGAGAAAGAAAAACUAUUAAUGGCAAUGGGUCAAAGGGUGUAUGGAAUAUCUUACAAGCCACGGUCAGUAGUGGCUAAAGCAGGUGGCAAAAAUAGGGUGGCUGAUCUUUCUGUUACUGUUAUAAAUGAGAAUGCAGCAAAGAAAGGCAAAGAAAAUAUAAACUCUAGGUCUGAAAAAUCAAAUAAAGAUUCAUUAGUAAAAGAAAAGGAACGUUUAAAAAAAAUGGCUGAUGACUAUAGUAAAAAAAUUCAGGAUCUUAAAGAUUUACAAGCCAAACGUGAUCAAUUGAUAAAGGAAAGCAGAUCACCAGUAAAAAAUAAAUCCAAGAUUCCAAGACUUGAGAAAAUUGAACUGGAUUCUAAUGUUCCAGAUGAUAUUGUGAUACGACCAAAUAAGCGGCGCCUUUCUCUCAGGGAAAUAAAUCCGAGCAAUAAACCUAAUAUAGAAAACAGUGGUGCUAAUAAUGUGUCUGUGUUAAAUAAGACGCUGGCUGACAAUCAGGGUAAAGGUGCCGGAGAUAUUACGCCAAAAUCUAGUCCAGAAAAUAUCAGUCAAUUAGGUGUUUUACAACUUAGGAAGUUAAAAACAUUGCAGAUUGAAAAUGUAGAGAAGUUCCUUAGUAAUGUUGAUCUUCCUGAUUUAUCAUCACCAUCUAGUCAUCCCUUGCUGGUUCCACAGUACAAUCAAAUUUCCUCUUUCACAGAACAUCAUAUUUUAUCUAGAAUGAAAUCCACACAUUCGCCAUCCUCUAGUCCAAAGUUAAAAUACAGUAGUCCCUUACUACACUUUAAGUCAUACAGGUUCAGUCCCUACUAUAGAAUCAAAGAGAAGAUGUCUCUAUCAUCACCAACAGUAGCCAAUAAGAUUAAUCCAAAGAAAAUGUUGUGUAGAUUUGAUAUACUGGGUACAUGCCAUGAUGAGGAAUGUGCUGGACAGCAUCAGUCCAACUAUCAGAUGUCACAAGAUGAAAUAUUACAAGACAUUAUAUCGUAUUGUCCAUCUGUAGCAGAUAUAGAUAAAGAUACAAACCCUGUCCAUUAUCAAGCAGAAAUAGGUCGUUACGUUACACAGGUUAGAAAACAGUAUGAAGGAAUGUUCACUAUGGACAGGUUAUAUGUAUUAAUGGCCAGUCAAGUAAAUGAAAAAGGGGCACAUAUAAAACCUCAUAUGAUGUUUUUCAAGCAAAGGAAAUGGAAACCCGCCCAGAAAGAUUCUGUAGCAAACAAGCCAGAUUUUAUACAUAAAGGCUUGGAAGUGGAUAAACUAGAAUGGAAGAAGCCACUGAAUUUCCAUGAUCUAGACAAUGUGAUAAGUGACCAAGACAUGAGAUAUUUUGUCAUGUCAGACACAGCUAACAUACAGGACCUAGAAUCGUCAGUGUUAGACUCUCCAGAAGAUGAAGAACUAUGGCUUAAACUAGCCUACAAAAAAUUACAUGAUCCUCAAAGCCAAGAGAAAGCUAAUCUAGACAAUGCACUAAAUGUUCUGGCUAGAGGAUUAGAGGAAAAUAAAUGUAGUUGUGAUUUGUGGAAACAUUAUUUGAAGUUAUAUAGUCGACACAAGGAGAGUUCAGAUUUGGUGGAACUUUGUGCUACAGCUUUACAGUAUGCUCAGCAUUAUGAUAUCUGGUGGCAGUAUAUGAAUGCUUCCAGUUCUAUAGUGGAUAAACAAACUAUCUGUGAUAUGAUAUUGAGCUUCUUGCAAUCCCAAGAGUCUCUACAACCAGAGGAGAUGUCACAUGACCUACUGGAAACCAUCUUAUAUAAAACCUCAUUACAUGUUUGGUCAGGCAAAUUGAAAACUGCUCAUAAAUUUCUCCAGGGUAAACUGAGGAACACUAAAGAAAACAUGUGGAUCCAUACCAACCUUCAGCCUGUUGAUAAAUGUGUCUUGUGGUUGUCAUAUAUUAAUCUUAAAGAAUUCAAACAGCUACCUCCACAACUUUACAAUCCACAGAAACAAAUGGCAGGCAGAAUUGUCAAUAAGGACAAACUUAUAAUUCCUUGGAACAGUUUACCCCAGUUAGGUUCCAAUGUUGAUGUUCUGAAAUCUCUUAUGUUGAAAGCUGUGGAAGAUUGCAUGACUUCAGGGAAAACAGUUCUGUCUAUAGAAAUUCUCUACGUUAAUAUAUUCAACCUACUACAGUCACAACAAAGAUAUGAAGAAGCAGCAUCUCUCUGUCGUAAACUUCUGAUGAUGGAUCCAACAAUGAUAGAUAUUUGGUUGUGUGUGGCAGAGUUAUAUUCCACGUGUGGUGACCCUGUGGCCACUAGACAGGUUUUUGCCGAUGCCUUGGCAGCUAAUAGAUUCAGUGCUCAACUCAGUUAUUAUGCAGCAAGUUAUGAAAUUCAACAGGGUGAUAUGGACAAAGCAUUAGAAGCAUUGGAGAUGGGUGCCAUCAAUUACUUUGAUGUAGAUAUUAAAGAUAAGAGAUCUGACCCCAACCUGUUGUAUUGUACUUUACUAGAUGAAGCUGUGCCCCUACAAUAUAAACCUCCUGACUUCAAGGAAGGUAUCAUGCCUGAGUCUAUAGAGGAAGAGAUUGUAUAUGUAUGGAUGAAUUACAGUUUGUUAUUGGAACUACAAGGAGACAGUACUCAAGCUGUAGAGAUGUAUGAAACUGCUCUCAGUAAAUUAGAAAAUGUUACAGAUAUUACCAAGAUUUGGACUAGCUAUUUACAAUUUCAUGCAAGACUAGUUCUAGAUAAUAAGACCAAUAAAGAAGCAGCUAAAACCUUUACCAGUUUGGUCUACAGGGCUGUCACGUCUAUACCUACCAAGUUUGACUGUAGAUUUGUAUGGGACAGUCAUUGGUAUAACUACAAUCAUGUCAACACAGUGUUAGAUUUGUAUCUGAACAGUCUUCCCAAGGAGUUACUACUGACAGAAUAUGAGAGACUUAUUACCAUAAUGCCUUCUAAUGUACAACUUAUUCUGAGGGCAUGCCAUGAAGCCAUAUCUCAAGAUGACCUUCAGCUAGCUAAGAGUUUCUGUAAUGCUGCUAUCUACGACAAUGUGGGCCACUUAUCACUUUGGAAGAUGAUGAUAUCGUUGACCAUCAAACUAGAGAAUAUCAGAGAGGCCAGAAAGUUAUACCAGAGAGCGGUCCAAGUUCUUCCAUAUUGUGUCACCUUGUGGAAAGAUUAUCUGAUGUUUGAGGUUUCCCACGGCUGUAAGGAGAUUGUACCACAGAUACUGUCUAGAUGUCAGGAGUUGGGGCUUAGUUUGGAUGAAUAUGUCAAUUUUAUUAUAAAGGUCAAAUAAAAGGUCUUUGUAAGCAAAUUGACAUUCAAGGAAUUCUAAUAUUCUUGGAGUCCAAGAUUCUACGGGAAAUCAUGAUUUUUAAAACGUGCAAAUGGAAGUGUAUUUUUUGUGUUUUCCAAAAAAAUAAAAUGCCAAAAAUUCCUCAAAAAUGUAGCAUAUGGCAUGGAGGUCAUUAUGCUAUGUGUGAAGGAAACUGAUUUACCAUAUCAAAAAUUGCCACGUUGGCAAAUUUGAAUCCGAAAAAUUUCAAAGUAAAUGCCAAACCAUGGUAAGUAUUAGUAUGGAGCCUUUGACACUAGUUUUAUGAUUAAUUAUCAUGACAAUUAUAGUGAUGAAACGAAAAAAUAAAUACUACCAAAAAAAUGAAAGUCUUUGUUAAAGGCUUCAUUUGAAUAGAGUGUGUUUUAUAUGUUGUUUUCAUCUUUUUGUUUUUUCUCUACUUAAUUUAUUUUUAUUUGUUGUUGUGCAUUAUGUUGCUACUCAAGGGAGAUUAAAAUUCUCCCAAAAAGCUUUGCUAAAGACAGGAUGUGGAAUUAGUGAACAGAACUCUCCAAGAAGGAAGCAGAAUUAGUGGAGUAAUGAACCAUCCAAACCAUUAGGAAAAAUAGUGCAUUACCUAGAAAAAGGAUUUGCCAAAAGUGUUUUAAUUGGGGAGAUAAUCCUGUUAGAAGCAACUAUGAUUAUAAAAAACAUUAAAAUGAUGAUAAUAAAUAUUGGUCUCAUCUUAGGAAUAAAAUGGUGGCAUAUAGGAUUCAUGACCUCCUUCCUAUACCUGUGCAUGCUUAACCUUUAACACCAAUGUCAAUUUCAUAUUGUUUAUCAUGGUUGUAUUAAAUAUCGUAAACAGACACCUAAUUACAUGAACAGAAAAUCUAUUGAACGAACCAAAGAGGGAUAUCUUACGACACAUAUGCCAUAUUGUGUGCUGUUUAUUUCAAACAGGAACAAUAACGGCUGAUUGUCAAGUUAUCUAAAGCAAAUUCUGGUGACUUGAAUUCACAAGUCUAGUGAAAUUUUUAGGUAUGGAGGGGUUAGAAUGAAAUUUGUGUGUGAUUUCUUUUGUAUAUUUUAACUGAAUGAAAUUUCAGAUAUUUUGAAUUUAUUUUCCUAACCAUUUUACUUGGAUUUUCUGUUCAGUAGAUUCCAUACACCAUAUAUUUUAUAUCAUGUCUUGAAAUUGCAAUAAUCAAGUCCCUAACGACUUUUAUACAUGUGAUAAAACAGUAUUGCAAUUACUUUUUUUUUGUUUCAUUUCAAUGUAAUUUUAUUAUGCAUAUUGUUACUUCUUAGUUGUUAAAAUUUCUUAUUAAAUAAUCAAAUUGAA